AUUAUUCCUCUUUCUCCAUCAAGUACUCUCUUGACCCUAUCUCUCUCUCGUCUCUGCAACUGCAACAGUCCCUCCCUCUCUCUCUCUCUUCCUCUCCUCCGAUCAGAUCUCCGGCAGCUCUCGCCGCGGAAACUCCGAUUCGCUCAGCUCGCUCAUCCAUGACGCUCGGCUCGGGAGGAUCGGGGGUCGUCGGUGAGUUCUCAAAACCCUUCCCGACCUAGAUUUCCAGAUCCUCCCUCCCCGGGCAAAUUCUCUCCCCCGAUCCGGACCGAUUCCCAGAUCCCCCACCUCCCCGUUCCCCGUUUCUUCGAGAGGAUUCGUCGUGGGGUUCGCAGCAUCCGAGCCUCGAUCUGUCGAAAUUCGAAACAACGGGUACUCGCUGUCAAAAGGGAUCGGGAUUAUGCGGCGCGUUGACCGCGUGUCCGAGCGUGUCCGCCGCGUGACACGGUGGCCUCCGGAACGUGUCGGUGCAACAUAGGUUUGCCCUACCUCUGAGAUUAAUUCGCGUUCAUGCUUGUGGCUCUGUGAGGUUGUUCCCAUUAUACGACAUAGGGCGUAUUUGAGAAAGAAAAUUACUGACUUGAAGCUUGUCAAAAUGGAUCCUUUUGAAGAUAUAUUUCCUAUACCUGCCGUAAAGAAAGGUACUGCCGCUGGCAAAUUUCAACCCAAGGGAAGACCAGCAUUAAGAAAGCCAACAUCUUCAUCGGGGACUUCAAUCCUCCCUGGUAAAGACAAGGAAGAGGCUGUAUCACCAAGUAUUGCCAUGUCAGACACGACAAAGUCAUCGGGGAACGUCGGUCCAAAAGAUGAUAGGUUGACAGAUCCCAAUGCUUCACCUUUGGUUUCACUUGGUAGCUUUGGGCAAAUGGUGCCUAGGAGAAGUGAAAGUUCACAACUGGCGGUGGACCACGUGGGACUGAUGAGUACUUCAUCUGAACUUGUGGUUCAACAGGAUGUUGGUACCUCAUAUGCUCUUCCUUCUGACGUGGUUGUGCAAAAUCAAAAUAUUGAGGAUUCUUUUGUCUUUGAAGAAUUUAAUGGACAGAUGGAUGCCGGGAUGGAUGAUGACCUCAUUUGCAAUAUACUCCCUCGGCCACUUGCAACCAGUGAUAUUGGUGAUACUAGUCAGGAGGAUAUGACCCUGUUGUCAGAAAAAACAGCCAUUCUUCCUUCAAGGGACAUAAACGGAACAAGAGAUUCAGAUCUUCCAGCUUCUAAUUACCUUGAAUCAAUCGAAGCCAGCAUAAGUGAUGCUGCACAACCUCACAUUCAUUCUAGUUUCUGUGAAAAGGAGACCCAAGACAUGGCAAUGGAUGGGCGAGAUGCUGCCUCUGUUUAUGGGGAUUGUUGUAUUGACAAGGACAGGUCAGAAACAGAGGAAGCAGAGACUUUUCCUGAUGUGCAAACUACAGACGGUUCACAUGAGAGAAUCACUGCAUCGGGCGUCGGAAGGCCCGAGAGAGAAGAUCUAUUGGAGACCGAAUUACAAAGUGGAGUAGGGAAACCUACUUUUUGCAUCACUAAUUCAGAAGUUGAGCCUGGUGAUAUGCCCCGAGAUCUGGUUCUGUGUGAAACCCAUCUUGAUCAAGUCUCAGCUCCUACCUCCAUACCUGAUGAUAUAUUUGAUUACUCACCCAUAAGGCUCGAAGAUAGUACUUUCGAAAAUCCAGCCUUUCAUGAACCAUCACACUCAGAUACACUGUUCUCGGCAAAUACGAUGGAUGUUUCUGAUGUGCCUGGUGAUUUGAGUCACCAUCAUAAAGAAACUUGGGCUGCGUCGGAUAUUCAUUUGAUGCAAGACAAAUCCUGUAUUUCUAAUACCAUGAGUGAAGUUAACAAAUCAUCAAGGCAUUUGAGAAAGUGUCCUACUCCACACCAACUUGUUGACGGGUCUGAUGGGGAGGCUAACUCUGAUGGCAACAACUCAGCUGAAGCUCAUACUCAUAGUCCCUCCAAUGGAGAUGAACUAUAUGAUGGUGAUGAAUAUAGGACACGGAAUUCCUCACAGAAGAGAAGUACUCCAAGAAAGUCAGAAAGACCAUUGGCUAAGAAACAGAAAGAAGAAAAGAAGAAAGAAGCCAAUAAAGCCUCUGAAAAAAGUACUGGAGAACCUCGCAAGAAGUUCUCUCACUCUACUCGGCGUGGCAAAAGAUGCGUGGAUAAGGUUCUGCUUCAAACCCCAGAGGAUGAAAUUGACUAUCGAAAGUUGCGCAUUAAGGAUCUAAUUCUUCUUGCAGAACAUAAGGAGCGUUUAACGGUCAAAAAGGCAAAACCAUCAAAAGCUAAUUCAAAUAAUUACAGUGCUGACAAAUCAACUCAGGGAGAUGCUUCUCAUAAGGAGGGUGAGAGUUUUCCUUCUGAGCAAGGAAAAGACUCCACUAACGAAGCCAGCAGUAGUGCUGAACCAGCUCCUCUUUUGUUCAAUUACCAGUCUUUCAUGGAGAAAACACCUCGCACUAGGUGGUCAAAGCAAGACACUGAACUAUUUUAUGAGGGUAUAAGGCAAUUUGGAACGGAUCUCUCAAUGAUUAAAGAACUCUUCCCCAAAUUGACACGCCAGCAAAUAAAGUUGAAAUUUAAGAAAGAAGAACGUCAAAAUCGGUUAAGGCUUUCUGAAGCUUUGGACAGCCGUGCAAAAGAUCAUUCUCAUUUUGAAUUGGUGAUUGAGCGUCUCCAAGCUGCUGCUCAGGCAGGGAAAGAAUCAAGUAAAGAUGUUUCAGCAAGCAUGACGGCUGAGGAAGAGGAUGGGGAGUCAUCACCUGAAACCAAUGAGGAAGCAGAAAAGCCUGAGAAAGAUGAGGAAGUAGGAGAUGAAGAUGGUAAAGGUGAUGUUGAGGUUCGUGAUAAGUCUGAUGAAAGUGAUGAUGACCUUUUCAAUUGCUUGGGUUCGUACAAAAGUGAAUUCUAAUUAUUUUGGUUGUUUCUAACCAUAAUUGUUGGCAAACUUUGCUCGAUACACGGAGCGGCUCAUUUUUGUCCGUAACUUGUCAUAGUUUCAAAAAUUAUUUUGAUUUGAUAAGAGGGAAUCUUAUAAUUGCCGAUAUUUAGAGUAUGUGAUCUAACCUUGCUAAUGCAGAAUUGAUACUUUGGUGUAGCGAUCUUCUCACGGUCCUGAAGCCAAUGGCUACCUAAUUUCAUCUCUGAUGGUAUUUCGUUUCAUGGUUUUUGGCUAAUGACAGCUUUAUGUAACCGUGUCGAAUUCAAUGAAAGUUUCCUAGUCUCUUGAGUUGUGCC